AUGUCUCGCUACGCUGAAGCUCAUGCCAACCCCGCUGGUCCAGGAGAUGCUCGCCCAACCGCUCUCCAGAUCAUCAAGGACGAAGGAGUAGAGGGCAAGUUGGCCGGAAAGGUCAUCGUUAUCACUGGCACUUCUUCUGGAAUCGGAAUCGAGACUGCCCGCGUUCUCAAGCUCACCGGAGCAAAGCUGUUGUUGACUGCACGAAACCUCGAAAAAGCCAAGACUGCUCUGGACGGCAUUCUUGAGCCAGGACGCGUUGAGCUCGUCGAGAUGGACAACACCUCCCUAGAAAGUGUGCGCCGCGCAGCAAAAGAUAUCCUGGAGAAGUCGAACAACCAAGUCAACAUCCUUAUCAACAACGCUGGUAUCAUGGCCAUUCAGAAUCUCGAAAAGACCAAGGACGGAUUUGAAAUGCAGUUUGGGGUCAACCACCUCGCACAUUUCCUACUGUUCGAACUUUUGAAGCCAGCUCUCCUUGCUAGUGCCACCCCUGAGCUUUCUUCUCGAGUUGUCAAUCUCUCUUCUUCAGCCCAUCACGUCGCCUCGAUCAAUGAGUCUGGAAACUACAACUUUGAGAAGACCGAAUACAACGACUGGGUUGCUUAUGGGCAAGCUAAGACUGCAAACAUCUACAUGACGAACGAGAUCGAGAGGCGAUACGGAUCCAAGGGGCUUCACGCAACCAGUGUUCACCCUGGUAUGAUCGCAACAGGACUUAUGCAAUACAUGGACCCCAAGAUCGUUGAAGGCUUCCAGGGCAACCAGGAGGUGUACAAGACGAUGAAGUCGCCAGAGCAGGGCGCCGCAACAACAGUAUGGGCUGCGAUCGGAAAGGAAUGGGAAAACAAAGGCGGAGAGUACCUUGCUGAGUGUGGAAAGACUACCCGCGGUAACGACAAACAUGAGAUCGCAGGCGUGGGCUUUGCAGGCCAUGCUUACGACCCCAAAGCCGAAGCGAGGCUUUGGAAGGAUUCAUUGGCAAUGGUGGGACUCAAAGACGAUCAGUAG